AGAAACUAGGCUCUAUUCAAUUAUUUCGGUGGCAUGUUAUCACAGCAUAAGAUUUUUUUUAUAUAUAUACACACUCAUUUCACAACUUGAAUGAAACUUCUUUCUAGGAUCUACUAUCCUACAACUCUCCUUCAUAGAUCUUUUUGAAGGCUUUGAUCCUUCUUUUUGUUGCUACCUUCUAAUAUGGAACUAACCAUGCCAGCCGCAAUGCUCAUUAACAUGAGCACGAGCACUGCCACUUUCUCCAAAGCCCAAAAGCGGUGGCGGAUUGCUUACCUAACGAUCUGUUCUGUGCGGGCAAUGCUACAACUUGCCAAGGAGGUUGUCUCAGACAAAAGCAAGAACUACCAACCUCACAUUGCACUUGAUGUUGGCCCAAAACCGUCACACGAUGCCGCUACUUCUAGUAUUGAUCAAACAAGACUUACAACAAUGGUGAAGGAGAAAGACUUGAGUGCUCUUGGAUUGCUUGGAGGUACUGAAGGAGUUGCCACUGCUCUUGGGACGAACAGGGAGGACGGAAUCCAUGGAGAUGACCUCGAACUCAGCAAGCGGCGUGAAAUGUUUGGUUCAAACACCUACCACCAUCCACCUCCGAAAGGAUUGAUGUAUUUUGUGAUUGAGGCUUUCAAAGACACUACCAUCCUCAUCUUACUGGUCUGUGCAGCCCUUUCUCUUGCUUUUGGCAUUAAAGAACAUGGGGUUGCUGAAGGUUGGUAUGAAGGAGCCAGCAUUUUUGCAGCUGUCUUUGCGGUGAUUGUUGUCUCUGCUCUAAGCAAUUUCAGGCAGGAAACCCAGUUUGACAAGUUGUCAAAAAUAAGUAGUAACAUCAAAGUUGAUGUUGUUAGAGAUGGCCGGCGCCAGCAGAUCUCCAUCUUUGACAUCUUAGUAGGAGAUAUUGUGUUUCUGAAUAUUGGUGAUCAAGUUUCGGCUGAUGGAUUGUUCUUAGAUGGGCAUUCUCUACAAGCGGACGAGUCAAGCAUGACAGGAGAGAGUGAUCAUGUGGAUGUUGAUUCCAACAAGAAUCCAUUCUUGUUUUCUGGAUCUAAGGUCGUGGAUGGGUAUGGCAGAAUGCUCGUGACAUCUGUGGGGAUGAACACUGCAUGGGGUGAAAUGAUGAGCACAAUUUCUCGUGAUUCCAACGAGCGGACACCAUUACAAGCUCGGCUUGACAAGCUGACAUCUUCCAUUGGAAAGGUAGGACUUGCAGUUGCGUUCCUAGUUCUGGUAGUCAUGUUAGUUCGUUACUUCACAGGAAACACAGAAGAUGAUUAUGGGAAUACAGAAUACAAUGGCAGCAAUACAGAUCUAGACGACGUAUUUAAUGCAGUCAUUCGCAUUGUAGCUGCGGCAGUCACAAUCGUUGUUGUGGCAAUCCCAGAAGGUUUGCCAUUAGCUGUGACACUCACGCUAGCAUACUCCAUGAAGAGAAUGAUGGGGGAUCAAGCAAUGGUGAGGAAGCUUGCGGCUUGUGAAACAAUGGGCUCAGCUACAGUUAUUUGUACUGACAAAACCGGCACCUUGACAUUGAAUCAAAUGAAAGUGACCAAAUUCUGGCUAGGUGAAGAAUCCAUAGCUGAAGAUUCUUACAGGGUAAUUUCUCAAAAGGUUUGUGAAUUCUUCCACGAAGGAGUUGGUUUAAACACAACCGGUAGUGUCAGCAAAUCUGUAUCAGGAUCUGUGCCUGAGUUUUCUGGCAGUCCAACUGAGAAGGCGAUUCUUUCCUGGGCCGUCUCAGAACUUGGUAUGGACAUGGACAAAUUAAAGCAAAGAUAUACGGUUCUCCAUGUUGAAACCUUCAACUCAGAGAAAAAAAGAAGUGGGGUGUCAAUCAGGAGAAAGGAGGACAACACCACACAUGUGCACUGGAAAGGAGCUGCUGAAAUGAUAUUGGCAAUGUGCUCAAACUAUUGCGAGAGUAAUGGGAUUAUAAAGCCCAUGACUGAAACUGGAAGAAAUACCUUCGAGAAAAUAAUCCAAGGCAUGGCUGCAAGUAGCCUACGAUGCAUUGCUUUUGCUCAUAAACAGGUUUUAGAGGAAGAAAAGGGCGAUGGUGAUGGUGAGGAGGCCAGGCAAAGGCUAAAGGAAGAUGGCUUGACCUUGCUAGGAAUAGUUGGCCUCAAAGACCCAUGUCGACCAGGAGUCAAGAAGGCAGUAGAGGCGUGCAAAUCUGCAGGAGUGAGCAUCAAAAUGAUCACCGGAGACAAUGUUUUCACAGCAAAAGCAAUAGCAACAGAAUGCGGAAUAUUAGAGCAUGAACACUACGGGGAUAAUGGAGUCGUAGUGGAAGGUGUUGAAUUUCGGAACUACACAGAUGAAGAGAGAAUGGAGAAGGUAGAAAAAAUACGUGUGAUGGCAAGGUCUUCCCCUUUCGACAAACUUCUAAUGGUGCAGUGCUUAAAGCAGAGAGGUCAUGUUGUUGCGGUCACGGGAGAUGGCACAAAUGAUGCUCCUGCACUAAAAGAAGCCGAUAUAGGACUCUCUAUGGGCAUCCAAGGCACUGAGGUUGCCAAGGAGAGCUCAGAUAUAGUGAUUCUGGAUGAUAACUUCACUUCGGUGGCAACAGUGCUAAGAUGGGGACGAUGUGUUUAUAACAACAUCCAAAAAUUUAUUCAGUUUCAAUUGACUGUUAAUGUUGCAGCUCUAGUUAUCAACUUUAUAGCAGCAGUUUCUGCUGGUGAGGUUCCACUUACAACAGUUCAAUUGCUGUGGGUGAAUCUCAUCAUGGACACACUAGGUGCGCUGGCCCUUGCCACGGAGAGGCCCACUGAUGAGCUGAUGAAGAAGAAACCUGUGGGUAGAACUGAGCCUCUUAUAACAAACAUUAUGUGGAGAAAUCUUCUAGCACAAGCUCUAUACCAGAUAGCAAUACUCCUGACCUUACAAUUUCAAGGUGAGUCUAUCUUCAAUGUGAGUCCAGAGGUAAAUGACACGCUGAUUUUCAAUACUUUUGUUCUCUGCCAAGUUUUCAAUGAGUUCAAUGCCAGGAAGUUGGAGAAGAAAAAUGUAUUUAAAGGGCUUCACAAAAAUCAUUUGUUUAUCGGAAUUGUGGCGAUAACUGUCAUACUUCAGUUUGUGAUGGUGGAGUUUCUAAAAGAUUUUGCACAAACAGAGAGGUUGAGUGGGUGGCAGUGGGGCACUUGCAUUUUAAUCGCGUCUUUUACAUGGCCAAUUGGCUUCUGUGUGAAGUUCAUACCUGUUUCAGACAAACCACUCUUCAGCUAUCUCAGAGAGUUGAUGAUAUUUAAUCGAAAGGGUUAGACAGUCUAUGUGCCUUAGGCUUGGGAUGAGUGGUGAGAAAAGGUUUUUAAGAAUAGCACUGAAAUUUUUAAGAAUAGCACUGAAAUCCUUAGGCCAUAAGAUUUGGACGAGCAGACCACAUCUAUAGAAUGCAAGAAGAUUAUAAUGUAAAAUUCAGAGAAUCAAGUUGAGCAGGUGUAUGUAAAUAUGAAUGUCGCAAGAAGAAAAAAUCAUCUAAUGGGUUUUGGGACAGUGCUUCACUUAGAAGUGUGGCACAACACACUCUAUUGUAACUUGUAAUUAUCAAAUCCAAAAAGAAAAAAAAAAGAGUAGCACUCUUCACCUUCCAGUAUUCUAUUAAUAACCAUUCAAGAUGUAUUGUGAUACAUAAUUUAAGCAGAAGAUGAGGUAUAGCCUUUGUUUCAAUUUCUCUUAUAAUGUAUAUAAAAUGUGUUACCAUCUUCAAUCAAUGGAGAUGCUACAAA